CUCCUCCUGCGGCCCCUCCCAGUAGGUUCGUUCGCAUCGCUUCUUCCACACCCUUUCUCCCUCCUCCUUCUCCUCUCUCCGCCUUACCCCCCUUCUCCUCAACCCCUCUAGUUUCUUCCCCGCCUCGCCACCUUCCCCCAUCUCGCGAGACUUGGCCCAGAACAUUGCGGAUCGGGUCGGCGCCAUUUUGGGACUGAGACUGUUUGUGGGGGAGGGAAAAGCGGCAAAAGGGGAUUAUUCAAAGUGCCGAAAACCUUCUCCCGGGAUCGAGCUCAGCGGCACCCCCAGGCCAGGGGUACCUCUGGUGGGGCGGAAGGUGAUUCAGUUACGCAGAUGUGAAGAUCAUCUUCUAGGUUUUGUGUAAAAAGCCCCGGAUAUUUCAAGUGGCCAUUUUGGAAUUACAGUGUUUUUGGAUAAUUUUGCCCCAGGAGUUUAUUAAAAUUGGCAAGAAUCAUCUUUCAAGUGAAUUGAUAGUGAACAAUUCAACACGCUACUUAAAAAGAGACCCCGGCAUUUCUUCAGUAUUUUGGUUCAAGCGGAUUAUAUAACUGGUUAAAGUAUUUCAGCUGGUGUUUUUUUUUUUUUUUUUUGUCUCCCCCUCCCACCCCUCCUCGCCUGUUGUUGGUGUUCUUCAGCCAAAACUGUAAGAUACGUUUGAUUUGUGUACUGAGUAGUUUCAGAAGUUUCAAAUUACUGUUUAAAUAUUGCUGAAGUUUCAUGGCAGUUUACUUUUACCUUUAUUAAAAGUUUUAGGAAUUUUUGACUGCAGCCCUUUUCAUGUCACAAUGGGACAGCUUUUCUAAAUGAAGACAUUGCAAGAAUACAGAGUUUUUUUCUUUUUAUGUUUUAUUUACGUGGAAAUUUAAGAUGUUGCAAUUUCCCAGCAGCAUGGUAGUAUUGAGAUAGCUAUAUGUGUCUCUGUAUAUGCUGAUGUUUAGGAAUGCUCUUCAGAUGUGAAAUUUUCUUUUUGUUUCUGCUUUUUGGCUCAUAAAUUGGAUAUUUCAUCUGGAGUGGAUAAGUACAACAGUGACAAGUACAUGGAAUAAGAAAGAAGACUUUGAUCUUAAAUCCAAGGAACUUGGCUAGUUCUGGAGUUAGCCAUAUGAAAACUUUAAAACAGAAGUAUGGGUAGCUGACUUGAAGUAACUCUAUGUCAAAUAGUCAUAGGUUAAGUAUCUUCAAAGAACUUGGAUAUUAUUUCAGAGGAUACAAAAUAAAAGAACAAACUGGAAAACAAAGAUUACAGAGAAAAAACCAGCACCUUCCUGUGCAGUCCUAUUGGAAUUUGGACUUGCCAUGAGGUGUUGAAGCCUUGUUUCACUGACUUGGAGAGACUGGACCUAAAUGGCGCAGCAUGACUUUGCUCCAGCCUGGCUUAAUUUUCCUACUCCACCAUCAUCAACAAAGUCAUCAUUGAAUUUCGAGAAGCAUUCUGAAAACUUUUCAUGGACAGAAAGUCGUUAUGAUGUGAAUCGUCGACGGCACAACUCGUCAGAUGGCUUUGAUUCUGGUAUUGGACGUCCUAACGGAGGUAACUUUGGAAGGAAAGAAAAAAAUGGAUGGCGUACACAUGGAAGAAAUGGUACUGAAAACAUAAAUCAUCGAGGGGGAUACCAUGGUGGAAGUUCCCGUUCUCGUAACAGUAUUUUCCAUUCUGGAAAAAGCCAAGGACUACAUGAAAACAACAUACCUGACAAUGACACCGGGAGGAAAGAAGACAAGAGAGAACGCAAACAAUUUGAGGCUGAGGAUUUUCCAUCUUUAAAUCCUGAAUAUGAGAGAGAACCAAAUCAAAAUAAAUCUUUAGCUGCAGGUGUAUGGGGCCUACACGCCCAGACACACACAUACCCAACCAAAAAAAUCUCCCAAGCUCCUCUCUUAGAAUAUCCUCCGAAUCCUAAAUCUAGAGCUCCAAGGAUGCUGGUCAUUAAGAAAGGUAAUACAAAAGACUUACAGCUAUCUGGAUUCCCAGUAGUAGGAAAUCUUCAGUCACAGCCAGUUAAGAAUGGAACUGGUCCAAGUGUUUAUAAAGGCUUAGUCCCUAAACCUGCUGCUCCACCUACAAAACCUACACAGUGGAAAAGCCAAACUAAAGAAAAUAAAGUUGGAACUUCUUUCUCUCAUGAUUCUACUUAUGGUGUUGGCAACUUUAAUGCUUUUAAAUCGACUGCCAAGAAUUUCAGUCCAUCAGCAAAUUCAGUGAAAGAGUGUAAUCGUUCAAAUUCGUCUUCGCCUGUUGACAAACUUAAUCAGCAGCCUCGUUUAACCAAACUGACACGGAUGCGCACUGAUAAGAAGAGUGAAUUUUUGAAAGCAUUGAAAAGGGACAGAGUAGAAGAAGAACAUGAAGAUGAAAGCCAUGCUGGCUCAGAGAAGGAUGACGACUCAUUUAAUUUGCAUAACAGCAAUAGUACUCACCAAGAAAGGGAUAUAAACCGAAACUUUGAUGAAAAUGAAAUUCCACAAGAGAAUGGCAAUGCCUCGGUGAUUUCUCAACAGAUUAUUCGGUCUUCAACCUUCCCACAAACUGAUGUUCUUUCAAGUUCACUUGAAGCAGAACACAGAUUGUUAAAGGAGAUGGGCUGGCAGGAAGACAGUGAAAAUGAUGAAACAUGUGCUCCCUUAACUGAGGAUGAAAUGAGAGAAUUCCAGGUUAUUAGUGAACAGUUACAGAAGAAUGGUCUGAGAAAAAAUGGUAUUUUGAAAAAUGGCCUGAUCUGUGACUUCAAAUUUGGACCCUGGAAAAACAGCACUUUCAAACCCACAAUUGAGAAUGAUGACACAGAGACAAGUAGCAGUGACACAUCAGAUGACGAUGAUGUGUGAAGGAUUUCCUAACAGCUUUAGAAAUUUUAGUGUGAAACAUCUCUCAUACAGUUUGGGGUGAAUUGUAAAAAUGAAGAACUAUAAUUUAUGUAGUGAAAUACCCCAUUAGAAGAUGAUUUUUUUGGGGGACUUCAAUAUGAAGAAAACCAAGAAUGUUGUGUUGGGCUGUGUUGAACAUUAUUUCUUUGUAAAUGAAUGUUGUAGAGAUGAGGACUUGGGUUGAUCCAGCAUUGACUUUCUUCAUCACUGCAGCAUUUCUCUGACUAGCAAUGUGACGAUGUAACAAAUGAGAUUUUCUCAUUUAAUAAUAAAAAAUUGUGUAAUGUUUUGCAAAGCUUCUGUCUUAAAAUGUCCAGGUCUUAAGAAAAAAGGCAGCUUACACUGUUUUGCUUGCAGAAUCGUAUCUUUUUCGUACAAUGGAAAUUCUCAAGUCACUUUGUGCAUCCUCCCCUCCUCCCCCGAAACAAACAAACAAAAAGGAAAAUGUAGCAUGUUGGCUAAAACUAGAGCAAAGUGCACUAAAACAUUAAUAUUCUGAACUCAGCUGUUGUACUAGUCACCUUUUAAAGCAUAAAUUGCUCUUUAGCCAUUUGUAGUGCAGUAAAUGUUACAGGAAAGACUUGCCACACUUUUCUUCCAAAUUUUAAGAGGUGAUUUUCAAGAGCUUUAUUUGGGUAUGCUGUCGGACUAGGAUUUUCAGAGUUGAUGAACAAGAGUCUUGUGGGAAAACUUAUUUUGAUAAAUUAUUACACAUGCAGAAAAACUGAUCACAGUGACUGGAUCUGUCCACACAUGGAAAAUAAACUGGAUUUUCAGAAUAUUGUUGUUCUUUGUAGUGUUCAAAGUAUUGGUCUCUAAACACAACUUGCUUUAUCCACUUAUUAAAACAAAAAUAAACUUUGUUUAUUAAAGACGGUGAUUACUUUCUGAGGUUAGAAAAAGCUGAACCUUUUUAUCAAACGCACAAGCUUAUUAAUGAAUGAAUGUUAAACAACUAUAUUUUCAUUUGCACAUUAAUUUUAGAAUUGUUUCUGUCUUACUGCUCACUGGAAGAGUAUUUAUUUAUAUUGUAUUUUUCUGGUUUUGUUUAAUCUUACUUGCUUUUCGCUUAACCCACCCCACUCCUGUGCUUAAAUAUAUUCUAAUUGUAAAGAGCAUAAUCUUAGAACAAAAAUGUAUGAGGUUUUAUGUCAGCUUGGUUUAAUUGUAAGAGUUUGGUUUUUAAAAUUUAUUUUCUAAGGUUGUAGGGGUGUGUGUGUGCAUGUGCGUGUGCUUGCUCUGUGUGUGUGUGUGUGUGUGUGUGUGUGUUUGCUGUUUCCGUGUCAUUACCCUGCUCAGACCCCUCCAGUUUUGCUAGAAGCUGUAUUUUUUUGUUCCCACUGAGACUGGUGGUGAUGGGGAAAUUAAAAUAAAAAUAACAUGCUAGCACCCCCA